AUUGAAGCUUUCACCGAGCUCAGGAGAAGAUCGGUAAUCUUCGUGAUAACUACUCUCUUCUUGUAUUAUGCAACGGGUGGGAGGAUGAAUUUCUGCUGAACUUCCGUUUUUGUUUCUCUCCAAUCUAAUUGAUACGCUAAGCUGCGGCAGUGUGUAGUGAAAGGCUGCUGUUGUAUAAUAAUGUCUGAAAUGGAGGAGGUGAAAGAUCACGAGCGUGUGGAGGGAAAUGCUCCCGGGGAAUCGGAAAAACCUCUUCCUUCGGUACAAGAUGAGGAGGCUGCUGUGAAGAAAAAGUAUGGAGGAAUUGUGCCCAAGAAACCGCCACUCAUUUCCAAGGAUCAUGAACGUGCCUAUUUUGAUUCUGCCGAUUGGGCACUAGGAAAGCAAGGAGGUCAGAAGCCCAAAGGACCACUUGAAGCCCUUCGACCAAAAUUGCAUCCUACACAACAGCAAACCCGAUACCGUAAGUCCCCAUAUGCUCCAUCAGGCGAGGAAGAAGGUGGAAGUGCUCCACCAGAGGACACAAACGCCACUGUAUAAGAUGGAGCUCUCCCUUUGAUUCUGGAGGAAGCCUUCGAGUCUUUUCUCAAAUGCCAGUGCAGGUUUGGUAGUUUAUUCUUCUGAAGAAUAAUGACAUUGGACAUUCCAUCAAUGCCAUUGGCUGAGAGAGAGAUUAUCAGAAUGUUAUGAACUUAUCUACCCUUACAUCAUUCAUGAACCAUAACCCAUAGAGUUCGGAGAUUUUUCCUUGUCGAGGAACAGCUUUUGUACCGAGUGUAAACGCUGAACUUGUAUUGGAAGACCCGAUAACGAGCUUAAACCUGGAUGUUUGCUGCCCCUUUUUCUUGACCAAAAUGUAUUCUGCCAUCCAGUUGAAUCAGUGUGACGUGGAAUAAUUUGCAAAGAAACUGCUAUUA